AUGUCGAUUUGCGAAGGCAAGCCAAGUUGGCCGGAACUCAUUGGGGUAAGUGCUGAAAUUGCAGUCCAAACCAUUCAGAAUGAGAAUUCUUCCGUCAGAGCCAUCGUUCGUUCUAUAAACGAUCCUAUCCCCUUCGAUUUCAGAUGUGAUCGAGUGUUUGUUAUCGUUGACGACCAAGGCAUCGUUGUUCGUGUUCCUUAUGUUGGUUGA